AUGGAAAGCAGAGAGGAGAUGGUGAUGCUGGCGGAGGGAGGUCAGCUUGCCAAGAGCGGCUCUAAUUUGACGGAAGCGAUCGGGAGCCCCGUGCGAGAGCCGCAGGGGAAGUCGAUCCACAGGAGCUGCCUGAGCCCCGGCGCUGCGCCUUACUCGCGGGACAGGACGGAGGAGGUAGAAGAGAGCGCACGGAGGAAUAUGUCCGCAGACAUGAGGCCGGUUGGCAUGUCCUCCUCCAACGAGAGACAUCGGACUGAUCACCCUCACAAAGACGGCAGCAGCUCAGACACCGAGUCGGACUUCUACGAGGAAAUUGAUGUCAGCUGCACGCCGGAAAGCAUGGACUACCCCACAACUAAAGGUCGAAGUGGAGAUUCUCCUGGCCACCCGAGUGACACCGGUGCUGAUCCGGGUAAGACCGUCCCGGGCCAGGGCUCUCUGUCCUACGCAGCGGACCAGAUGCGCCGGUACCGGACUGCAUUUACACGAGAGCAGAUCGCACGGCUGGAAAAAGAAUUUUACCGGGAAAAUUAUGUUUCCAGGCCGCGGAGAUGCGAGCUGGCGGCCGCCCUAAAUCUACCUGAAACCACAAUCAAAGUGUGGUUUCAGAACCGUAGGAUGAAGGACAAACGCCAGCGUCUGGCCAUGACGUGGCCUCACCCUGCCGAUCCGGCCUUCUACACCUACAUGAUGAGCCAUGCGGCGGCCACGGGGAACCUGCCCUACCCCUUCCCAUCCCACCUGCCCCUACCUUACUAUUCCCACCUGGGGGUCGGGGCGGGCUCGGCUCCAACCGCCACCCCGUUCUCCAACCCCCUGAGGUCCCUCGACAGUUUCCGGAUGCUGUCUCAUCCCUACCAGAGGCCGGAGCUCCUGUGUGCGUUCAGACACCCCUCCCUGUACCCGGGAACCCACGGCCUAGGUCCCGGGGGAAGCCCCUGCUCUUGCCUGGCCUGUCACUCCAGUCAAACCAACGGCAUUUCAACCAGGCCCUCCGGCUCGGACUUCGCUUGCUCCCCAACCAGCAGGACUGAUGCUUUUCUCACAUUCACGCCUUCAGUGCUCAGCAAGUCCUCGUCGGUGACAUUAGACCAGAGGGAAGAGGUCCCUCUGACUAGAUAA